CAUGGACGAGACGGCGACAUGUGGAUCUGGAACAUUUCAAGUCCAUGACGACCAUCAUCUUGGUUGAGUCGUCGAAGGUGUUCCUGGGCAUGUUCAUUGUCCCCUGGCUGGCUGCUGCUCGGAUCGUAGAUCGUGGCGAAGUGUGGGAUGCCUGCCCACCGAGUUUUGUUGGAUGCGCAAAGUUGUGGGUGAACCUGGCCGCUUUGUGCUCGGGAGGUGGCUGCGUCGCACCACAAACGAAGACCAGUCGCCGCUGCGGCAAGCGGCUGGACAAGACCCCCUCGAAGACAAAAAGACACGGCGCCUCCCCCCUUGAUCGCCUGUCCAUACCACCCCAUUUCACCAUGUCGAUCGCCGACUUUCGUCGCCAACUUCGAGAGAUCGCCCCUUGUGUCGAUCCCACUAUUCACAGCUUCAUCGAGCGCUGCGAGGAACUCAUCGAUGCGUCCCUCCCACUCAAGGACGUUCGGUCGGCCUGGAAAUCCCCCAAGUCCCUGCUCGAGAGGAGCGCCAAGAAGCUUCGUAUACGCAAGUUUGAAUUCUACCUCGCCUGGAUGCACUACCUCGGUCUGGGGACACCUGUGGACACCGACAAGGCCUUUGCGCUGUGGAAGAAGGUCUACGAACGCAGCCAAGAUCCGAUCUUGAUGAACCUGGCUGGCUUCAUCGUCAAGUGUUGCUACGCUGCUGGCCAGUGCAGAUCCUUCAAUUGGUGCGAAGUUGAGAUGAAUACCUCCGAGUGGACUCUUGGCUGCGAACAAGUCCAGCUUCGAUGCUUGCAGUUUUGCACACUCGGAGCUGAGCAGGGUGACUGGUUCUGCCAGUUCCUCAAGGCCCAAUGCCUUCUCAAUGGAGUUGGGCUCCAGGAACCCGAUUUCGGCAGCGCAUUUAUGAUUCUCGAAGGGCUAGCGCUACGAGGACAUGCCAUCGCACAGUGUCAUCUCGGCGAGAUGAUUGAGGAUGGACUCACUCCCCAGCCCAAGGACGGCCCCAGCAUGACGUGGUGGUACGCACAGGCUGCAGCACAAGGGUACCCUGAAGCUCAAUACGCUCUUGGACGCUGUCAUUUGAUGGACGAUGAUCGUCUCGACUUGGCCAUGUUCUGGUUCGAGCUGGCAGCUCGGAACGGACAUGGAGAUGCGAUUGCGAUGCUUUGAAAAUACAGUCAUUCAUACCACCA